UGUAUGAUCAGCUGCUGGGUGAGCGCCGCGCGGCUGCUGCUCCAUUGUGACCUGGGAGCCCGGGCGGAGCAGGAGGGUCUGUGCCGGGGAGACCCAUUAACCCCCCCGUGCCCGGCCCGGGCCCUGCUCCCGCUGCGGAGCUGCAGCCUCCAGAUGUGUUACUGCACCCUGGGUAGAGUCACUUUCCUGUGGACAAGAUGAGGCUCAGACAGAGGAAAACCCAGUCCCUGACCCCAUAUCCCUCCAGCUGGGGUGUUGCUCCCAUAGGAGACUGGUGACCUUUGAGGAGGUGGCUGUGUAGAAGAGUGGGCUCUGCUGGACCCUGCUUAGGAGCCCUCUACAGACAAGUCAUGCAGAAGAACUAUGAGAGUGUGACCUCUCUGGCAGGUGAUGCAAUGGAUUGUGAGAAAGAGGAGCAGAAUUCUCAGCAGGAAAAUGUUGAACAAGUGGAUAAAGACAGAGCGCUAUCACGAAGAUCAAAAAUGAAUGUGUCCAGGAGUCAUGAACACGGAAAAUCUUAUGAGAUUCAGCACAGACCAGAAACAGAGCAAGAAAACCAGCCAGGGGAGAAAGUGGGUAAAUUAAUUUCAUGUCAGGGAACUCAGAAGGACCUCAAGGAAACAACAACACAGAAAGAAAUCCUCACAGGAAAGAGAAACAAUACAUGCACUGAGUAUGGGAAAAGCUUACAUCACGACUCAGCCAUUACAAAGCAUCAGAGAAUACACACAGGUGAGAAACCCUGUGAAUGCAGUGACUGUGGGAAAAUCUUCUAUAACAGUUCACACCUUAUUAGGCAUCAGAGAAUCCACACAGGGGAGAGGCCCUAUAAAUGCAAUGAGUGUGGGAAAAGCUUCACUACGAGCUCAGCCCUUUCUGAACAUCAGAGAAUCCACACAGGGGAGAGGCCCUAUGAAUGCAGUGAGUGUGGGAAAAGCUUCAUUACCAGCUCAGCCCUUUCUGAACAUCACAGAAUCCACACAGGGGAGAGGCCCUAUGAAUGCCUUGAGUGUGGGAAAAGCUUCACUACCAACUCAGCCCUUUUUCAACAUCAGAGAAUCCACACAGGCGAGAGGCCCUAUGAAUGCAGUGAGUGUGGGAAAAGCUUCACUACCAGCUCAGCCCUUUCUGAACAUCAGAAAAUCCACACUGGUGUGAGACCCUAUGAAUGCAGUGAGUGUGGGAAAACUUUCAAUCGCAGCUCAACCCUUAUUAGGCAUCAUAGAAUCCACACAGGGGAGAGGCCCUAUGAAUGCAGUGAGUGUGGGAAAGCCUUCAAACACAGUUCACACCUUAUUAGGCAUCAGAGAAUCCACACAGGAGCAAGGCCCUAUGAAUGCAGUGAGUGUGGGAAAAACUUCACUCGAAGAUCAGCCCUUUCUGAACAUCAGAAAAUCCACACCAGUGUGAGACUCUAUGAAUGCAGUGAGUGUGAGAAAACCUUCAAUCGCAGCUCCCACCUUAUUAGGCAUCAGAGAAUCCACAGAGGGGAGAGGUCCUACGAAUGUAGUGAGUGCGGGAAAACCUUCACUCGAAGAUCAGACCUUUUUUACCAUCAGACAGUCCACACAGGGGAGAGGCCCUAUGAAUGCAGUGAGUGUGGGAAAACCUCCUCUUAGGGCCCAAAGAAAUUGUUUGUACAACUUCACUUCCUAGUUCAGUGUGUCUCAUUACCAUUCCAGUGGAUGCCAGGGUUAGAUUGAGAACAAUUAUCCUUCACUGUUUGGAUCCAAAGUGAGAGUGCUUCAUAGGACAUUCCUUCCUCGUGGAUCCCAAACUGGCUGCCUGAUUGGGUAACAAGGACUUUC